AUGCGGUCAACAAUUCUCACAUUCCUGAUCCCGUCCAUAUCAGCACUCCAACUCGCGGCCUUCUACGAGCCUCACUACAUCAGUAAUGACGCCAACGACACCUCUUCCCUCGAACCUCCUCCAUUCCACAACAACGAAUUGCUUAAACGAGAUGGCGGUUGUCCCGUCCAAUUCAAUUCCUGCUCAACACUCAACGCCAACUACGGAGGAGCAUGCUGUACAGUCGGAAGCACAUGUAGUAUCGACGGCGGAAGAAACGUAGCUUGCUGUCCCAUCGGCGCUCUCUGUACCGGCUCCAUCACAGCCGCAACAGCGACAACAACAGGCGGUGUCAUAAUCGGCGGAGCCACUACCUCUGGCAUCACAAACACACCCGCAACAACCACAGGCGCCGUGCCCACAAUCACAAGCGCCGCAGGCAUAGUAGCGAACCCCUACUUCCCCUUCCCCAUCAUCCAAACGACCUUCGCAAACGCAGCAGCAUGUUCGCAGGCCUACUCGGCCUGCCAGGGCAACUACGCAGCUUGCACGGCGAAUCUCCAGGGCGGCGCCUUUGGCGUGACGGUCGUGGCGCCGCAGGGUGGUGUGACGGUUGCGCCGACGGCGCAGAAUCUGGGACCAGCGGCCGCGACGUCGAUUUGUUCGAGCUUGAGCCAGGCGGCGUGUAUGAAUCUUGCGGAGGGGAAUUGUGCGCAAUAUGGUGGUGCGACGACUGGGGGCAGCUUUGUGGUGGGAGGCUCAGCGAAUGCGGCGCCUAGACAGACGGCGGGGUGUGUGGCGGCGAUGGGGGUUAUGGCGGGUUUGGGGAUGGGGGUUGUUGGACGGAUGAAUCUACUUCACAUCACACAAUCAGUUAUCGAGGUCUCAUUUCUCCUAAAGUUGCAGCGAUCAAUAUCUGUACAUGACGUGGUACCUGCUUGCUCUCAAUUGGCACCGCCGGAAACUCAUCGCUAUUACACUGGAAGUGCCCUGCAUAGAGAAUUGGAGUUCAAAGAAGGAUAUCAAGUCUGCUAUGACCUGCUGUGUCACUAUUCCGAAAAGUAA